UUUAUUUUAGGCAUUUUCACCCAGCAACAAAUAUGUUGUAUCGGUUGGCUCGCAGCAUGACAUGAUUGUUAACGUCUGGGAUUGGCGAAACAAUAUUAAAAUAGCAUCUAAUAAAGUUUCAAGCAAAGUGAAGGCUGUUUGUUUCGCAGAAAAUGGCAAUUAUUUCGUUACUGUAGGCAACAGGCAUGUCAAAUUUUGGUAUUUGGAAUAUUCACGUAAUGCCAAGUAUAAAGAACCUGUACCUUUGAUGGGUCGAUCUGCCAUAUUAGGAGAACAGAGAAAUAAUGAUUUUGUUGAUGUAUCUUGCGGUAGAGGGGAAAUGGCAGAUUCUACGUACGUAAUAACUAAAACGGGCCUAUUAUGCGAAUUUAAUAACAGAAGGCUCUUGGAUAAAUGGGUUGAACUUCGAACGAGUAGUGCCAAUUGCAUAGCGAUUGGAAGUAAAUAUAUUUUUAUUGGAUGUGCCGAAGGCAUCGUGAGAUGUUUUAGUCCCAGCACACUUCAAUUUAUCACAACACUACCAAGAACACAUUAUUUAGGAGUUGAUGUUGCACAAGGAUUAUCGAUUAGCCAUAUGUCUCAACAUCCGCCUAACGCAAGAUAUCCGGAUGCAAUUGCGUUAGCGUUCGACGAACGGAAUAACAAAUUAACCUGCAUAUAUAAUGAUCACAGUAUCUAUGUUUGGGACGUAAGAGAUAUCAAACGAGUCGGCAAGUCACACUCGUUCUUAUAUCAUUCAGCUUGCAUCUGGGGUGUCGAAAUGUAUCCGAUUGAUUCAGAUUCUAUUGGUGCAAUGCCAUCUGGAAGUUUCAUCACUUGUUCUAGUGACGACACGAUAAGGAUCUGGAAUUUAGAGAAGGAUAUCUUGCCAAAUGACACCUUAUACAAACGAAAUAUUUAUAGCAAUGAAUUGCUCAAAGUAUUGUAUAUAGAUCCAGAAUUGACUUAUCUGAAGGAUUUGGACUUAGCUGCCGCAGGAUCUGAAAAGAAUGACGCAUCUUACGAUGGUCGUAAUGGUGUAAGAUCGAUAAGGAUAGCUCCUGAUGGCAAACACCUUGCUUCUGGAGAUAGAUCUGGCAACAUCAGAAUUCAUGAUGUUUCUUCACUAGAAGAAUUAUGCUUAAUAGAGGCGCACGAUGCCGAGGUGUUAUGUCUAGAAUAUUCCAGGUUCUCGCGACAUUCAUUAGACAUUCCUAAAUUAUUGGCGAGCGCAUCUCGCGAUCGAUUAAUUCAUGUAUUUAGUGUCGAUCAAGGAUACAAUUUUCUGCAGACUCUCGAUGAUCAUAGUUCUUCCAUUACUGCAGUUAGAUUUUUCAGUCAAUUGAAUCAAGAUAAUCAAACACAGAUGGUAUCUUGUGGUGCAGAUAAAAGUAUAAUAUUUAGGCAAUUGCAAUCAACAUCAGCUGGAAUGCAAUUCGCUAGAGGUCGUAAUGCUCAGGGAAAGACUACUUUAUAUGAUAUGGAAGUUGAUUCCGGACAGAAACAUGUGUUAACUGCCUGUCAAGAUAGGAAUAUUCGAGUUUAUAAUGUCACUACGGGUAAACAUAGUAAAACUUUUAAAGGCUCUAUUAGUGAUGAUGGUUCGCUGAUCAAAGUUGUCCUAGAUGCAUCUGGUAUUUAUGUAGCUACUUCAUGUACAGAUAAAACACUAUGUGUAUAUGAUUAUUAUAGUGGUGAAUGUAUGGCCACUAUGGUUGGUCACUCGGAACUGGUGACUGGUUUGCGUUUCAGUCCAGAUUGUCGUCAUCUUGUUUCUGCUAGUGGCGACGGCUGCAUAUUCAUAUGGCGUGUUCCGCAUGAUAUGGUUAUAACUAUGCAAGCUCGUUUGGCUCAACAAGCAAUGCGUGCCGGCAAAAGACCACUCCAAGUCAAUGGUGACGAGAUUGACAUACAAUUAGAUAACGAAACUUUUGGAUCGCCUCCAUCGGACUUUCUUGAUCCUAAUGUCAAUUCAACACCUCAGAAUGUCGGUGUGGAUUAUAGAUUUAGCGUUGGUCAGUUACCAUUAUGGGCAAAAAAGCAAAUAAAUACCACAAAUGUUGAUGAUAGUGUAGUGCUGAGUUCAAAUGCUAGAUCUCUUGGUGUUGAUCUACCAAAAGGACGAUGGGCACAAAGAGUUCAGCAAGGUGACGGUAUCACUGUAAAGUCCGUAUAUGACAGUGAUGAAAUAAUACCAUUUCCUUCAUCGCGUAGCAUCGUUGAUUCGAAUGAUGGUGGUUAUGGCGGCGGCGGUGGUGGGAGUGGCUCAAAGGAUAGCUCUAUUGAUAGUGGCACAGAAACAAAAUGUAGCAAUGACUAUCAACGAGAAAUGAUAAUUAUUAAACAGGAAGAACAGGAAAAUAUAUUUCAAAAAUCUUGUUCCAAAAGAUAUAGAGAGAUAGAAACUGAAACAAAACAGAUACUCGAUGAUAAGGUGACAAUAAGAAGUAAUAUUACGGAAUUGACACGUCAAUCAAGAAAUCGUCAUCAAACCGAUGAUAGUAGUCUCGGCAGCUUCAAAUUUGAGGAUCAUGAAAGUACUGAACAUGACGGAGAUGUUGAAGAUUAUUCCGAAGGAGAAAAUGGAACUACAAGUUCUGAAAAAUCACAUAGAUUAAUGUACUAUCCCCCACCAGAAGAUAUUGUGUCAAAUCAAUUUACCGUUAAUGCGAUGGACAUUGAAGAACUUCGAAGAUCACAAAAGCGUCAGAAAAGAAUGAAGAAUAUAGAGAACAGUCAGACAAAUGAAUUGACUGCAUCUGGCAGUCAGGAUGAAUCUGAUUCAGAAGGUGGUGCAUCAACUCCAAGUGCCGAAAGAAAUCCAUUAUCUAUGUUAUCUGAAGCUAGUUCAGAAGGUUUUGAUCAGCUUACUAAACAAAGUCACAGAGAAAAAUAUUUAAAGAAUGCUUUUGAGUCACUUAGUGGUGCGGAGGAACCACCGAAUCGAGUAAAAACAACAAGUAUUAGUUCUCAAUUUCAUGGAAGACUUAGUGGUGGUGAGAAUAGCACCAGUGCUAAAAUACGUAAUACGGCAGUAGUUAAUGCAACAAAACAUGCGAGAGGUGAUAUUGAUGUCGUGAAGAAACGAGAAGAAUUGCAAAGAAGAAUAGAAGAAACCAGAAGAAAGUUACAAAGUGUCGGUUAUAGAUCUUUAUUAAAAUCCAGCCAAAGUAUAUCUGAUUUGAGCAGUCACUUACAAGAAAAACAUCACCAUUUGAAUAGGCUCAGUACAGGUAAUAGAUCUAAUCAACAAAAUCGGAAAUUUUUGAUUAAUCCUUACAAACCUAUGCUAAAUCUAAAGUCUACAUUUAAAUCCCAAAAAUGCAUUAACAAUUGUCAAGGUAUAGGGAAUGCAUCGCCUAAAUUAGAAAUAUCGAAUGAAAAAUCCUUAUCGAAAAGUCCAACUAUGUUGUGCAUUAAUGAGAAAGCAAAGCCAAUUUUUAGUCGCCCAUUAACAUUAACAUUAAAGAAAACUGAAAAGUAUAAGCUGUCCUUGAAUAAAGCUAAUCAAUCUUUGCCUGAGUCUCCUGUAUGCGAGGAAUUAAAAUUAUUAAAAAAGCAAUGUAAAAAGAAUAUAAGUCGAUUUGCAAAAUUUGCUCAGAAGAGAAGAUCUUGUAGUUACUUCAUUGGUCUGAAUGAUAAUGAGAAGUAUAUAGAAAAUGUUACAAAAUCUUUUGAAAGUUUACCUGCUAUGAAUGAGUAUAAUAUGGAGAAUCUUAAAGAAACCAUCGACAAUGUUGACGAAGGAAAUGGUAAUUUUAGUGAUGAUUCAUUGGAAGAAGAUUUCAAAAAUUCGCCUCGACGUUGCAUUAGUGAUUAUCAAAUAAACGUUCAUAUGAAUGACUAUAGAAGUUAUUCGAAUUAUCAGAAUUUCCAGAAAAAAAAUUUAACUGGCUCUCAAGAAAGUAUACUUUCGGAUGCCUCUGUUGAAUCUUUUUUUAAAGGAAGUGCUGAAAUCUUAGACUAUAAUCAUUAUGAUCACGAUAGACAUUCGAGUGCAAGUUUCUUUUUGUCUCGGCGUAAAAUGCAAGAAGGUAGAAGUCAGGAAAGCAUAUUAACUGAUGAAUCGGAUUAUCAAAUAUUUCCAUUACGCGAGAACAUUGAUCAUCGAAGUACAGAAAGCGUAUUAACAGACGACUCAGAUUCUUUGGUGAGAUCUGCACCUUUGGAAAUGUUGUUUGAUUCACAUUACAAACGAAAAAGACAAAAUUCCGAAACUUAUAAUGGAGAUUCUAAUAAUAUCAUAGAUGUCACCGCAGAUAAUGCACAGAAUUCAGCUAACGAGAACACAUUGUACAGAGCAGUGUUUAAAUCAAAAUCUUUACAGGAUACUAGAAUUAGCAAAGCGAAAAGCAAUAUGAAUUUUGUAGAGAAUAAUGCACCAUUGAAGACUCAUGUUUAUUACGAAUUUAAUUUUGAAAAUGAACACAAGGAGAAUGUAGAUAAUGUGAUGGUUUGCGGCGGAUCGGAAACUAUCCCGCGUAGCAAUAGCCUUAAAGUACCCACGAAACCAGAAUCGACGAUGAUCUUGAAUGAUUUUGUUGCUCAUAAACCACCAAAACCCAAAAGAAACUCAUCUCGUACUCAAAGCAUGCGCAAUAGAACUAAAUCAACUUGGAAAUAUAUUGACACUUCACCUUUAUCGCUUGGUUUAACAAGCACGACCGAUUCUACCAUGGCAUCUUCUAUGAAUUUAAUGAAGUCCGAAUAUCAAACACAGGACAAUACGGAAAUGAAACGAGAUCCAGUCGAUUCAGAAGUAAUGCAGCAAUUCUUGCAAUCUUCAAAUUAUGUGUUACAAUCUGACAAGAAUAAAGACAGUAGAAGCAAAUUUCACAGUUUGCAGACUUGUCACAGUAAUACGACUUGUCAUAGUAAAAACGAUACUUUUCAGGAUGAAUUAAUAUAUGACAGCAAUGACUCAUAUCAUCAUCCAAUAAACAUUAAUAGUACAAGAGAAAGACAGAGUGUAUCUUACAAUAAGGAACAAAUACAUUUUUUCGAGAAUGACAUUCUAACGAAAGAUAUGUACUCUAAUGAAACGUACGAUUCAUUAGAGCCUGGUGGAAUCACUUGCGAAGCGCAAAGAAAAGAAUUAUCACUCAGCAAUUCGAAUUUACAAUCCAUUAAUGACGGUAUUAACAAUCUGGAUGCAAACAUGGAUUUUAGAAUAACUCGCGCUAUCGAGGGUACCGUGAAAUUACUUUCAAAGGAAUUUGAAAACUUAGUAAGGCAGAAACAAUAUUUGACAAAAGAGAAGUAUUCACAAUUGACGCAAGAUCAAGAAAUAAGCGAAAACUUUGCUAAAUUAGAGGCCGAACGAGACGGUAAAUUUUGCACUAUCAAACGUGAUAUACGGAUACAUUCAUGCGGCGAGGACAGCGACUGCACUGAUAUGUUGAUGGAUAGAUCGUUGAUGGAGAGUGGUUCUUCUACAUCUGCCUCAAGUUGCACUAACUCGCCCAAAAGAAUGUGGCCGCCUGCGUCGCGAUGCCCGAGUUAUAUGAAAUGGACGAAAACUUUGCCGACAAUCAAUCAAACAAUUCUUACUACAAAACAUCCUUAUAAAGUUGGCAGUAAGGGGGGGCAAAUCUCGUCAAAAGUUAUUGACAGUGAAGAAGAAGAAACUGGUAUGAGACGUGCCUGUUCAUUGAGUGAUCUUUCCAUCAGUCCUUCAAAUAGAUUAUUGCAUGGUCCUAUACAAGUUUCAGGAAAACUAGGAAAUAAAAAUAUAGGCGCAAUAUCAAGAUUAGCAAGUACUUAUAAUACUAGCAACCAAUCCAGGCAUUCCGGAACUUCAGGAAAAAACCACUCGACUCAUAUAACAAGAAGCAGCAGUGUUGGUGUCUUAAACCAAAGUGAUUCAGAAUCAGAUAUUGGUAUCACAGGAGGAAAUAAAGGAUGGAGUGGUCAAUCCAGUAGAACAAGUGGUUUGAUGAGACCAACAAUUAGUUCUCAAAAUAAAAUCAAUCAUCAAAAUAAAUCAAGUUCUUCUAAUACUAUUUCAUCAAUCUUAAGAAGACGAGGAAUACAAGGAGCCUUCUCCACUGCUAAUCUAAGUCAAGUGGGAAAUCAAGAAGAUUCAAGUUCAGAAGAUACUUCAUCAAAUGAAAAAGGAGGAAAACCGGUAUUACCGCCAAGACCUAGAAGUAUUAGUAUUGAUCAUUCCUCUGCUAGGGUUUCGUCGGGCGACCCGACGAGACCAGGGAGUACCCUGGUACUCGGAGAUAGUCAUCGAGAGUGCUCGACGCCACCAGGGAGAUCCUGACUUUUGACUUUUGCCAAGGAGAGCCCUGAUGAGAUUAUCGGUAUUAGGAAACCAAGCGUUCUCGGCUGUAUCGAGGUGCUUCUCGACAACGUUUUGGAAAGCGAUAGGAACGGAGGUCUUCUAUGAUCGAGCGUACUCGGCCGUGCUGAGGUGUACUUCGGUAC